AUGCCCCGCGGGCGAGCCUGGACGCAGGCGGAGGUCGGCAGCCUCCUGGCGCUGGUGGGAGGCUCAGGGGAGGCCGCCCUGCUGAUGGCCUCCACGUCGCGGCCCAACGAGGCGCUGUGGCAGGAGAUCUCCCGGGGGCUGGCGGCGGCCGGCUACGGCCGCAGCGUGGCCCAGUGCCGCUCCAAGUGGAAGGCGCUGAAGCAGGCUUUCCACUCGGAGCGGGAGACCCGCCGCCGUGCCGGGCGGCACUCGCCGCGCCUGCCCCCGCACUACCGCGCCAUGAAGAGCAUCUGGAAGGCGGCCGGGCGGCCCGUUUUCGGAGAGCGGCGGCUGCCGGAGCUGGUGAAGCCGCCCCCCCGGCGGCGCAGGUCGCUGGCCGCACGCUCGCCAGCCUCGCCGGCACCGCCAGCUGCUGCAGAGUCCCCCGCUGUGCUGCUGGCACUGCCGCUGCAGCACCCAAAGGACGAGCCGGAGAGCCCCCGCGGGGAACGCGUCGCUGGAGCAUCGCCCGACCCCGCGGCCGCCCCACGUACCAGCUGCUGCAUCCCUCCCCAUCCCCUCCCGGGCUGCCACGGCGCCCUGAAAGAGGAGAGCGCCGAGCUGAAGGCAGGUUUUCCUGGUGAGACGUCCCCGGGGAUGGGAAGAGGAAACCGAGCGCUGCCGGCGGCCACCGCAGCCCCCGGCUCCCCCGGGACGGCCGCUGCGAGCGAGCAGGCGGCGGGCGAAGAGGCAGCGGACACGAGCCUGCAAGGCGGCGGCGUGGCGGGCUUGCUGCAGAGCGUGCAGCAGCUGCUGGUGCAGAUCCUGCAGACGUCGCGGCAGCAGCAGGCGCUGCUGGAGAGCCUGGCCAGCGACACCGUCUCCCACCUCCACCUCCUCUCCCACAGCCUGGUGCAGGUGGGCGAGACCCUGCACCAGCUCCUGCUCCGGCCGCAAGCCCCCCACGGCCACUACGCCCCCCACAUCCCCCUUUUCGAGGGCGGCCCCCAGGUCCCGCUGCUCCCCGGGCUCCCCUGCGACAAGGAGGAGCCCCGAGUGUCCCCCGACGUCGGCUGCGCCCCGCCGUGAGGGCGCGCACCCCUGCAGCCGAGGCCCCGGAUAUUUUAGAAUUUUAUAGAAGAGACAGAUUUUAAUAACAUUAAAAAUAGCUUUUGUACCAGCA